CAACUGCAAUGCUAUUUGACGGUUUCGACUGUGUUCUGUUGAGAGCGUUUCCCUUGACGCUAGCUUGAGACUUGUCAUGAUUUGUCUAAGUCUGAGGGGGGGUGGCAAAUGAUGGCUGUUGUCCAGUGGCCUGCUCUCUUAUCGAUUUUGGCUCAAGUUUUUCAGCUUUUGCCUGAGUGCUUUGGGCCAACAGCUGGUGACACGCAAGCAGGAUAUGGGAUGUGCAGCCUCUAGCAAGCAGGAGGUGACCAAGGUUUACUUGACGACUCCAGUGGUGAGAUUUCGCGAUAGCACGGACGAUGAUGACUUGAUACUGCUGGAAUCUGGAGCACCAGUGUUCAGGAAAACAACGGGACGUGAUUUGAUUUUGAAAGAUGAGUCACUCCCAGCUGGACGACACUCUCUAAAGGAGCUUGCGAUUUGUUCCAAUGUAGUAUUGGUUCCGCCUCACGUAGCUUUCACGGUGGAAUGGGAGUCAGGAAGACCACAUGGACAGAUGGAAUUGCCAGGAAGCUUUAAUGGUAUAGUACCAAUUGCUUUGGCCACUCCGGAAUUCUUGGCCUACUACGGUGCAACUUUGACGUCACAAUUCUCAACAGAGAUGAUUACUUUGAAGGCCCAACAUGAGCUGAUAGAGUUUGAGUACUCUCCGAAUUACAAGGAGAAGUGGGUGCUGAAUCCAGACUUUGGCCCUGGUGCAUUGGGCCUCGAAAAACAUGAGUUUCCGCAUUUGGAGUGUCCAUUGGAUGAAAACAGUGGUAUAUUGCUGCUUGCAAAGUAUGAACACAAGGAAUUGCAUCUCACUGGCUUCAGAAUCCCAGCCUAUCACACCAUCUACUUGGCUCCACAGGUCAUUCACUCCAAUGAUCACCUCCGCAAUCGGUGGAAAACGAUGCUCACGUCCUUCACAGAUGAGGAAAGGGAAAAGGGGUUGGAUGACAUCGACCAUGUCUUGCUAAAGCAGAAACAUGCUGAUGGUUCCCUUGUGCCUGCAGAACUUCAGCUCAGAAAGCAACACUUUUUGUGGAUUUGGUCGAGCACCUUCAAGGUGUGCAAUGCAUCGAUGCCACAAACGCUACACUUGCUGGAACUAGCAUGGAAAUGGAAAAUGGUCCCUUGGAAGCCCAUUUUCCUUUAUUCCCCAAACAGUUUACUGUUGGGGUUCUAUCUUAGAAAGAAAAGAGCUGGCCACACUCACUGGCCGCGCCCCUGA